AUUAAGGUCAAUUGGUUUAUUGUGUUGAACAUAGAAACUGGCCAUCGCUCGGGCGGCUGCAGGGCCUGGUCAGUGAGGUUAAGACGUGCGCACGAGGGUCUGCGAUCUUGGGUUUGAGGCCAUCGCCCGAGGGAUCCUACCUCCACCGAAUUGAGGCCAUCUUCGGUAUUACUGAUUGAGGCUAUCUCCGUCAUAGGCAAUAAAUGUUAAGUGGUUUGACUUUGGUGAAAGUCUAAAUUGGUUUGACCGGUGGUCAAAGAGUUCAUGAGAAACCCGUAACACCUAAAUCGUUUUGAAAAGAAAGAAAAUAAGUUGACUGUUGGUCAACCGUCUAAAGAACAGAAUGUAAAGUUGAAUUGAUUUUUAUUAAAAGGAUAAACAUAUGCGCGAUCUUAAUUGUUGAAUUAUUAUGUUCAUUCUUGUGCUACAAUGGAGUACCACUCAGCGUCAAUGCUGAGCGGAUAGCGUUGUUUUCCUUGUUGCUGUCCGUAGGUGAACAGACAGAUGAACCUAGAGCCGAUCCCAGAGGUCAUUGAGGAGGAGAUGUACGAUGGCGUGGCUGUCUCUUUAAUCUGUUGAUAUGCUUUAUUUAAUUAACUUUAAUGCUUAUUACGUUUUCGGGCAAGAUCCCAAGUUGUUUGACUUUAAAAAGGCUUCCGCAUUAUUUUAAAUUACUCCGAUGGAUUUUUAUAUGUAUUGAUAGAACUUUGUUUUAAAUUGUUUUGGAAAUGUCGCAAAUUCGGAUACCAAUUCAGUGGCACACCGGUCCACUGUCUCACGGGUUUGGGUCAUGCGGGUUGGGGUGUUACAUUUUGAAUGAGUCAAGAAUCGACCCACGGUCAGUACGUUCCGGAGCUGGAGCACGUGAGCGUGCACACGGUGAACACCGAGGGUUCGAGUUUCACGCCUCCGGGUGACGGAGGGCAACAGCAGAAUCAACCUGCGCCAGCGGGACAGCCACCAGCUGUACCACCGCCAGUCGUACCACCGCCAGUGAUGCCACCGUUGGCGAUACCGCCGGUGGCCUACGAGCAGAUGUUCCCGGCCAUGAUGGCCCAUUAUAUGCAGCACAUGGCGAAGUUUAUGCCCAUGUUCCAGCCACCGCCACCACCACAGCCGCAGCCGCGCAUCCUUACCUUCAAGAUGUUGAAGGAUAAUGGAGCAGAAGAGUUCCGAGGAGACAAUAUGGGGGAGCCCCAGAUUGCAUUGGAUUGGCUUGAGCAGAUGGACCGGGUACUCAAGAAUUUGAGAGUCCCAGAUGCUGAUCGCUCGGAGUUGGCGUCACAGAUGUUCCGGAAGGGAGCAUAUGAUUGGUGGAAGCGCAUUGACCAGGAUCCACACACGCCCAAGCCGUGGACCUGGGAUCGCUUUGAUCGAGCCUUCACGAAGGAAAAAUCGUUAACCGAGCUACAGCUUCAGUCUCCGUUAGAGCAGGAGAUCCGUACAGCACAGAGAGAUGAUGAGUUUUGUCAGAAGACUCGAGAGUUAGUUCCUGCAGGAAAGAGGCCCGAGUUUGCAAUUUGUGAUGACGGAGUCUUGUACUAUCGUGAACGCCUAGUGGUGCCCCGCGGUGGAGUGAGGGAUCGCUUGUUGCGUGAGGCUCACGGAACCGUUUACACUAUGCACCCAGAUACCGUUCAGAUCCGACUCAUGUGUUGCCGACCAUUGCUGUAACCCUCGACGAGAGUUUGUCUUACGAAGAAGAGCCAGUUAAGAUCUUGGCGCGCGAAACUAAAGUACUAAGAAAUAAGACGGUACCUU